AUGCAGUCCGUUGUUACUUACGAGAAACCACUACCACAUUUAACUUUACCUGAUUGGGAUGCCAGGUUAUAUGGACUACAGGUUACAGCAGAUACCAGAAGGGCUGAUGCCUUCGACCUUCGCUACAGCUCGCACCAGCUUCGCAAUGAGACCAAAAUCAAGACCGAUUGGGACAGUUAUCAUAACAACAAUAGACUUAGAGCUAGAGUAUACGAAAUAGAGCAAUGGAAAUCGACCCUUCAAGAGCUUCUAGAACGCCUAGACAGAGAGAUGACCGCUCUCAAAGAAGAGAAGGCAUCAACAGAACGAGAGUUGGAGCAAUUGAACAUGCCUCUCCUUGUAUGUUCGGAGUGCCUCUCGAACAGAGAUGGGAGGAGAAGCACUGAACUCACUUACGACUUGGCUGAUACGGAGUUGAAAAAGGAACUCUGCGUAACGGAGAGCAACAAGAAAAUGCUAAUAGACCGGUGCCAGUCCGCUUGGGAGAAGAUUAACAAGCUCGAGGUGGUGAAGUUCAAGCUUCAACUGGAUCUGAACGAUAAGAACGAAGCGCUACAGAUCGAUAAAGACAUGUUGAACCUAGAUAAGGAUUGCGCCAAUAUAACCUAUAAGACGGACUCGUUGAAAACCCCGAAACGAAUGAUAACGUACGAUCAAUGGCUGCAAAAGUGCGAGGCAACAAAAAAGCUAGCCGUAGACGAGUUGCAAGACACACUGCGCCUCCGCGAGUCCCUGUUCGUGGCGCGCGGUCGCGCGAGGAACGCGUUGCGCGCGCAAACCGACGUCACCAACUAUAUGAUGCGCCGGCGCAUUUAUGAUACGCAACGCGCUAGGAACGAGCUCCAGUGGCAGAAGAUGAAGAUGGAAGAGAAUAUGGACAAACUAGCAAACGAGUUAAAGACGAUCGGCGAACAGUUCGCCGACAAAGUGAAUGCACUGAAGGUGGCUGAGACCAGAUUGGAGACGCGAGGCUAUAGACCCGGCAUUGAGUUGGCGUCUGAUGAGGCUGAUAUCGGGAUGAAGGAGGAGGUACGGAACCUCAGGGAAACGAUACGACAGCUACAGGAGAAGCAGGAUUGCGCUAAGGCAACGUACAACGCCCUUGAAGCGGCUUCUAUCAAGAUCGCCAUAGAUCUGAACGACAAGGAGCAGUCUCUGGAAACUGACACUAGGGCUCUGGAAAUGCGAUCCGCUCUGGAGCCCAAGAGACCCACCGGUACCGAUAAGAACUUGAUCCUGGCGAGUAUGGAGGACGAGGUGCCCAAGUUGGAAGGAUAAAUUCUUUGUUUGAUUUGUUUUUUUAUUGGUGAUGUUUGGAAACUGUUUUUGAUGGUGU